AUGAUCUCUCGCAAGGUUAUUUUAUUUGUACUAUAUCUUGCCUUGUGCCACAAGACAGCUCCAUUGUCCCAUACGAUACGGUUUUACUACCAAGUAGCCACAGGCUUAAUUCCCUCACGAUUCAAAAGCAAAGAUUCAACUAAGGAAAACACAUAUAAUCUUGCAUCGCCCGACAAAUUGUUCAAGUACGUGACAUGGCAUUCACGCGUAAGUCCCAUGGAAAUUGACAUGUAUAUGCACAAGAACAAUGGAACCUAUUUCCUCGAUUUGGAUAUUGCUAGAAGUAAAUUGCUUAUUCGCUUGCUUCAACAAUAUUGGUGGUCAGCAUUUGAAAAUAAAUCGGGCGCAUUUGGCAAGGCCCAAAACACGUUCAACAACAUUCCUUAUACGCCAUUGGGUACCGUACAAUGUCAAUUCAAACGGGAAUUGACAAUUUUUGAAAAGUUUGAUGUCAAUUCGCGUAUUUUGGCCUGGGAUAAGAAAUGGUUAUUUGUAUUAUCAACAUUCACCACAAUUGACCCCAAGACAAAGGGGAAAAGAAUUAAUGCCAUUGCAUUGUCAAAAUAUGUCUUCAAAAACAAGAGAAUUACAAUUUCCCCUAUUGAAUAUUUGAGAUAUUGUAACUUGAUUGAUGAGAAGAAUGAAGAAAUCAAUGCUAGAAAUUAUGAAAUUGUUAAACACAUGAUUGAGACUGAGGAUUUAGAGGCACUUGUUGAAGAAUUCAUCAAGUAA